AUGAGCCGGGAUCUGGCAAAGGAGGUGGAUCAGGCGCUACAGCAGGACACAUAUGAUUUAAGUUUGUUUCUCCGCUUUUUGAAAAGCCACGUUGUGGCCGGCACGCAGCCAGACAAGCGUCUUCUUCUUGGAAUUCUCUUGCAGGCGCUCCCGCGCUUCCACACUAGCGACUUCUCCGCCUGUAUUUCCCUUGUGCAGGGCCACGUGCAGGAUGCGCCGUACAUUGAGAAGGAACUCAGCACCAUUUACGAUCUUGAGAACUAUUUGAGCUGCGGCCGCUUCUCUCAGUUCUGGGAGGUGUGGGCGGAGGCGAGGGCGCUGCUGCACGCCACCCCGAGCUUCGAGGCGCAGAUGCGGGCCUCCAUCGUCACGGUGGUGAGCAGCACACUCGAGCAGCUCCCGCUCGCCAAGAUGGCCGUCUAUUUGGGCAUCCCAACAACACAAGUGCAGACGGCACUGCAGGAGGCGGUGAAACUCGCCGGCGAUGCGGUUGUGGUGCGGGGCUGCGACAACGAGACGGUGACGUUCGCAACGACGAUGUUUAACACACCGGAGAGUGAUACGAACCAGCAGCCACUGCGGUUUGCAGAUAUUACCUCCAUCAUCUCAUAA